AUGCGAGCGAAUGGUGAUAUCAACCGGGCGUACUGUGUCACUCUGUUCCACACGGCACCCUUUUUGCCAGAUUACACCGAGCUGACCAGACAGACAGACGAGAACGGAACGUCUCCACUCUCGCAGGCAAGGCCGCCUGGUAGUAGUGGCGAGCGGGAGCCGUGGUCGCACGGACAGCGGAUCGAUUCAAUCAGCUGGGUCGGCCCAGCAAACUGUUUUUCGCGUGGCUUAAACCUCGCCAGGGAUGCGGAUCACCUGCCGCUGCACAGACGGUGCAAGAGAUCUACAGUGCCUCGUGUAGUGGUAGUCCUAUGCUUCGGUCGUGGAGCGAGACUGCGAUGUGGGUGCACUGUUUGCUGGCUCGACCAGGCUUUCGUCCUUGACGGAGACACCCACGUCUUCCUGCUCUCCUGGGUCUCACGCGAAAUGAGAGUGCGAUCAAGACGGCCAGACCUCUCGAUGGCGGCGGAGGAUGAGGCGGAUUCGGUUCAGCUGUCUGCUCCUGGCUAUCUCGAUAUCGGAGAGUGGGACAGCCUCCUUUUUGGUGGUCUGGCUGCUGCUCGUCAGGAUCGACAGAUCAGGGAGCCGUCAUGGAGUAAUGCUAAUUAG